GCUCCAAGAUGGCAGCUUCCACGGCAUCACAAUUUCUGAGGAUGUGGAGCAUGUUAUUACUAUUUUUCGCCUGUUUCUCAUCAAUCGUACCAUGUGGUUCCUGUGAAAGGACAAUAAAACUUGUACAUUUGUUGUAUCGUCACGGUGAUAGAUCUCCUGUAAAAGCAUAUCCAAACGAUAAUUACACGGAAGACACAUGGCCCCUUGGUUUUGGACAGCUUACUGAGAACGGAAUGGCCCAACAUUACGACCUUGGACAAUGGUUAAGGAAACGAUACGUGACGGACCUGAAAUUGUUUGAUGGUACCUACCGGCCGAAGCAGUUCUACGUUCGGAGCACCUCGAAAGAACGGACCAUCAUGUCGGCACAGUCCAACCUGCAGGGAUUCUUUCCUGUUGCUUCGGAGGGAAGGGAGUCGUCUACUCUGUGGCCACCAGUGCCUGUCUUUACCACAGUAAAUACGGGGCAGGACUAUCUGCUUCAUCCAACCAAACUAGAAGGAUGUGAUACGGCGAGUGAUUUCUUUCAGUACGUAGAGAACUGUCCAGCCAAGCAAAAAUAUAUAAAAGAUAAUCAGACUUUCUUUGAUAGAAUUCAAAAGAAUGCUGGGUUUUCUGAUGAUGUAGUGUUUAGAAACUUCUCUACUCUCGCAGAUACAUUACUAAGAGAGAAAAGAGACGGAAGAAAACUACCAGACUGGGUAGACGAUGAGACGUUCAACAGAUUAAAAGCUACGUUGGAUUUUGCCUUUGAAGUAGAGUACUCCAACAUGACAACAGAUGAAAAAAGAAUUAAUUCGGGUGUUUUAUUAACAGAGAUGGUUGGGAAUAUGAAGGCUCAUUUAAACCAAACAAACGUUGAUAGUAGGAUAUUUAUGUACUCAGCGCACGAUACAACCGUUGCACCAUUUUUAGGAAUGUUCGGUGUUUUCAAUAAUGUAAUACCUCCGACGGCAUCCUGUAUAAUGGUGGAAUUAUACAGAGAAGACGAUGGUUCACAUACGGUGCAGUUAUUAUUUAGGAAUGACACUUCAAAGCCUCCGUACAUCCUCAAGUUCCUCGAUUGCAACGAGGUAUGCCCUGUUGAAAACUUUUUCCACAUUGCAUCGCCUUUCCUGGUCGAUGAUAUCGAUGCGAUGUGCAGGAGAAAACCGCCUUCGUUGCCUCUUCACGUUGAAUGGAAUAUAGGUUGGAUGUUAGCAGCAAGUACCUUGGCUUUUGCAGCCCUUCUUCCUUUUAUUGCUUGUGUAAUACUCACUUGUGGCGUCGGUGGGCGUCGCCGUUUACAUAACUCCAAGAAACGCAUGGAACCCAUCAACUUCCACCUCCUGGGCGGCAACAACAGCGAGUCGGAAGACGAGAGCGUGUUUGACACAUGACCCCACGUCAAGGAGUAGAUAGAGUCUUGUGAUCGUUCGUCAAAGUAUUUUCUGUUUUUAUUUAUUCAUGCUGAAUAACGCACUGACUGCAAAGAUGUGAUCAUAUGUGACUAAAUAUGUGCUUUUCCAGAGCAUUAAUCUUUUUUUUAUAUAAAGUCUAUAAAAAUCAACUAUUUAUUCACACCCUGGUCACAAAGAUGUGAUCCUCUGCAACAAAAUAUGUGUUUCUCCUGCGCAUUCAUUUUUUUAUAAGGUCUACAAGAACCCGCCAUUCCAAAAAUUUUCAGCUUUUUUUGUUGUUGCAACAUCGCUGCAUUUAAUAGAUGCAGAAAUCUUCUGCGAUGAUUUAUGUACAAAUCCAUAGCUAUCAUUUUUUUUUUGUGUAUAAAGGUCUUUAAAAAUCAACCAAUCCUAAAAUUGGCAGCUUUUUUGUUGUUGUGACAUUGCUACAAUGGAUGCAGAGAUUUUCUGUGUUAAUUUAUGUACAUGUUCUAUCCCUUAGCUGUCAUUUUGUUGUUUACAACUAUCUACAAGAAUCUAUUGUUCCUUAAAUUGGCAAUAUUUCUGUUGUUUCAGCAUUGCUGUGUUGCAGAAAGCCUCUGCUAACAAAUGUUUGUCAUCCCAUGACAUUUUUUUAAAGGUCAACAAGAAAUGGGGGUUCCUCAGGUAUGUUGCAACAUUCUUUCAAUGGUUGCAGAAAUAUUUUAGAAAUAAUAUGUACUUUCCCAUACUAGUCUUUUUUUUCAAAGGUCUGCAAGAGUCAGCUCCUCCUGCAUUGAUAUUGUAGGGGGUAAAUAUUUUCGGCCCCUUACAUACAUGGAGUUGGAAAUAGGCACUCCAUGCAAGUUUGGACUACAGUCAGAUUCAAUCUAUGCUAUGAGAUAACCAAUAAUUACCCUCAACUUCAAUUUUCACAACUUAAAACAUGAGAAUAAGAAGAUCUUCUGAAUUACAAAGUAAGAUCGAAAUCAUCAAAUAUCAUUUACCAUCAAUAAGAAAUUGGUCAUUUGAUUAGUUUUCAAAGUAAGUAAUUACGAUUUUCAUUUUCACCCUGUAUUGCAAAUUUAGGGAAUUUAGUGAUUAUUAUUUUUCAUUAACUUAGUCACACUCAGGAAUAGUGUAAUAUGCAGCAGCAUCGAUAGAGUAUUUUUUGUUGUUGUAAUUUGCUCUUCCAUCAAUUUUACCAUUUAAAUUUAUGUAUUUUUGGUAACAGAUAUAUAUAAUGCAUAAGGGCAAUUCCAUAGGUUGGUGGACAUGAGCUCAAUGUGUCUUUGUACAUAUAGCCCAUCUGAACCGUAACGUGAGUAACCACUUUAUCUGCACCCCUUGUAAAAACCAUGUGUUCUUUAUUUUUUUAAUUAUAUACAAAUUUGUCUCCCUAAUAUACUUCUUUGAAAUGGAUAUAAUCAACUUUCAUAAAAGCCUUGCAUGAGGACACUUUUCACUUAUGUCCACUUUUCAUUUUAUGCAUGUCCAAAUCAUGUAACACGAGUAACCGACACAUUUCAAAGAUUUGCCAGGAGCAUAAUGAAAUUUCCCAAGUUUUUUGUUUUUAUACAAAGGAUAGUCAGACUGCGUACUAUGUUGUGAUAAAGAGAUGUUUAGUUCCUAUCAAUAAUAAUGGAGUUACAGCUCCAAGUAUGAGUCAAGGUGUCUCCAAAUGUAACGUGAGUAACCGUGGAAUAGCCCAUAAGCCUUUGCUGCACUGUCUUUACAACUUUCACAACCCUGAUCUGUUUGAUUUGUCAGAUUUGUGAAGAGCUGGAUGCAUAACAUUUAUUUAUUUUUCAUUAAAGAUAUUUUUUGUCCGGGGCUUAUUGAUGAACUUCUACCUCCAAGCAAGGACCCACCACCACUUGAUCCUUAAGAAAAUAGGGUCAAGUGACUGUACAUUGCCAGAUGGUCUGAACCGGCUUCAUCUUAUUUCUGUAGGUCUCGUUCCUCAUGGUCUAAUCUUAAAGCUAAAUGAAAGUAGUUGCAGUAAAACACUGAUUUCGUGAGAAAGUCUGUAAAACCAAGGUUAAGUAUUACUAUAUCAUUCUGGAUCUAGAUCUGGUACAGUUACAUAAACUGAACUUUGUGAAAUCAUAAAAUCCAAGCUGAAAAACGAUCACACUGAAGAUCGCCAACACAGAUAGGCACACGUGGGACAGUGUAUAUCAUUAUUGCUGGAAUAAAAACCUGAUGGAAGUGCCCGAAUCCGAGCUUAUUUUGCUUAUAUCUCAGCAAUUAAACAAUUUCUUCCAGAAUCCUUUGGCACAUACAUGUAUUUUUUAUUCAUACAAACAGACACUUUGGUGGUCAUUAUAUUGGAUUCUGUAAAAAGUCGUUUUGAGAUCGUUACCACAACUGGCAUUUAUCUUUAAUAUGUCCUUGUCAUGAAUGAAGAAAGGUUUCAUGCUGCACAUGUCAGCGGUGUCAACAUCCUUUGUGUGAUGGCUAUUCCAUCAUCUGUUGGCACAAACCGAAGAAGGAGACAGUAUUGUGUGUGAAUUAAAUGAAUAUUCAUGAUGUAGCUGGAAGGACCAUGUGCACAUGUGCUCGGGGAAAAAAAAAAGAUUUUUUUAUUCACAAGUACAUGUAGAAGAGAGAUUGGUUAAAGUUGGGAGCGUUGCAGCAAAAGGAAAGAUAAAAGCAGACAUUUUUUUUGUUAGAUUGGCAAAAAUUUGAACAUGUACAGAAUUUCUUCCAGACUUUCCUGAUCAGUUAACAUCUUCAUGGAGUAAAAAAAUUCUUGAAUUUUGUUUUCUUUCUUAAUGAACAUUAUUACAUACCAUUCACCAACUAGGAUUAACCCAAAAUCAGUAAAGCAAACAAAUUGAAAUGAAAAAUAAUAAAAACAAUCAUUAAAUGAUAAUUUGAACUUCCUUUCACUUUUUACAUAAGUACAGAGAUGAGUUAUUUUUGGCAUGACAUUGUCUCACAAAAAGUCUUAUGGUGUCAAAAUGCUAUCCCCACAUAUACAUCACAAAUGUCAUCUCAAACACAUUCCCUAGGAAUCUGUUUCAUGAAGUUUCUACUUAUUUUGUAAUGAUAAAUCUGAUUUAUUGAAAUUGAUAUUGAUUAAGAUAUGAAUUAGUAUUAUAUUACAAGUUUGUAAGUAAAUUCUGAUCAUUUCAGGAUUAUGUGAAUGACUUGCUAUCAAUCUCGGGUCACAUUUUACUGAUAUUUUUUCUUUUUAUAUGAUUAAUUUGGGUGCAAAUAUCAAUUCAACAAUUGGUUCUAGGGAUAUCUGUAUAACAUUUCUUCUGGCAUUUAAUCUUUGUUUCUUUUGUAAAGAACAAUAUUUAUUAUGGGAAUUUUCAUAUUUUGUACAAAUAAUCAAGUGGAUUGUAAUUUGGGUUGUGAAUUAUUAAGAAAUUUCAUGGAUUGGUUUGUAGUUAAUUUUACAGUACACUGUUCUGAAAUAAGUUUGAAUGCUAGGUUCUAGUCUUCCAGGGAUGGUUUCACAAACUGUUCGUGUGACUUAGAGUCAAAUGAUUUGUUGUGUCUUAGUUGUGAUUUGUCCAGUACACUUAGAGCUUUGUGAAAGACUUCCUUGGACAACUUUCCAAGAGGACGGCUUACCUGGCAGUGUUAAGAAUAGUUGUCCUAGAGAGAAUUGCCUGUACGGGGGCGUUGUGGUCUAGUGAUUCAGAUUCUUUCAAUUUGAAGGACGUGGGUUCGAUUCCAAGCCAUGGCGUGUUUUCCUUCAGCAAGAAAUUUAUCCACAUUGUGCUGCACUCAACCCAGGUGAGGUAAAUGGGUACCGGGAGGAAGUAAAUGGGUACCGGGAGGAAGGCGUUAAUCCACACUUUGCCACUCUCGACCCAGGUGCUAAAUGGGUACCCGGUAGGAUGCGAAAGAUAUUGUAUGUUUGAAUUUGCCAGCGCCAUAAUGAGGCUGCGAUGAAUGCAAGGAAUGCUCCCCAGGGAGUGGACAUUGUGCACUUUUCGUGCAGGAUUGAAAUGAAUCCAAUGACCGGGGUAAUAAUAUGCUGUAACGCGCUUUGGGCCAUUCUGGGAAAAGCGCUUUAUAAAAAUUGGCUAUUAUUAUU